AUGUUGAACGAUUUUAGCAUCAAUUACAAAUCCCUUUUCGUCCUUUCAACUUCCAUGAUCCUUUCGACCUUCUUCAUCGUCAUCUUCCUAUCUCUUACUGGCACUGUCUUGGUGAUAAUAUCAUCCCAACUGUUCCAGACAAGUCCAAGAAACGACAGACCCAAUACAAGCUCGGACGAAUCAAGUCAGGAUCCUCCGAAAGGCAAAGUAGCUGUCAUUGGACUUGGUAUAUCCGGUUUAGCAUCACUGAAGAAUCUCUUAGAACAAGGAUUUGACGUGGUUGGAUUAGAGAGGAACGACUACAUAGGUGGGAUAUGGGAAUGGACAGAUAACACCAAGCAGACUUCGGUGUUGAAGACUACCGUUGCCAAUUCCUCCAAGCAGUUUGGCUGUUUCACCGAUUUCCCCUUUGCAGAUGAUAUACCAGAUUAUCCAUCAGCUUCAGACGUCUCUGCGAACCUCCGCGCAUAUGCGGACUACUUCAGCCUUCAUCCCCAUAUCAAGACAGGAGUGAACGUCCUUCGCAUAGAGAGAUCAGGCGAUGGUCAAGCGUGGGAUAUCCAUCUCAUCGACAAAGGGGAAGAAAAAACAGAAAUCCAGAAGUAUGAUAAAGUAAUGAUCUGUACAGGACCAUGGGAAAGAAGUUGGAAGCCUACUUAUAAAGAUGAAGCGAUGUUUCAAGGUAGAAUGAUAGUGGGAAAAGAAUAUAAAGGACCUCAGGAGUUCAAAGAUCUCAAAGUAGUAGUAGUUGGAAUGGCAAACACAGCUUGUGAUAUCGCUGUAGAUUUGGUUGGAAAUGCCAAAGAAGUUUACAUUUCCCACAGAUCUGGUACCAGAGUUGUCCCCAGAAUGAUGAACGGUAAACCCACUAUUAAUUCCAUUACGCGACAAUUGACCGGUCUCAUGUCAUUCUUCGAUAAAUACCUUCCAUCUUUAGGUGAAUGGGGUAGCAAUCACUUCGCCGAAACCAAGAUGUUGAAAAGUUUCCCAAAUAUCAAACCGGAAUGGAAAUUAUUACCAGCACCAUCAUUCAAAAACACCUUGGGAGUGAUCAACGAUCGUAUUAUUGGAGUAAUGGAGACCGACCAUGUUCAAUCAUUGGGCGGGAUCGAAUCAUUCACUUCUGAUGGUAUCAUAACGGAUCAAGGAAGACAUACACCUGCUGACGUGGUGAUCUUCUGUACUGGAUCCUAUUUCGAUUUCUCAAUCUUAUCGGAUGAAGCUAAUCCAACUACGAAUCGUGCAACACAUGAAUGGGAUAAUGCAGAACACUCAAAUGGGUUGAGAUAUCCAAGAUUGUAUCAAACUUUAUUUCAUCCAGAUUUCGCCGAAUCCCUAGCCUUCCUAGGCCCUUGUAGAGGAUUUUCAUUUGCAGUUCAUACAAAUGCAGAUUUAGCUUCUCAGGCAAUCGCUCAAGUAUGGAAAAACAAUCAUCUUCUACCAAGUGCGUUGGAAAUGAAUAAAUGGUGUGAUGGAAAUUACCAAUCUGCUUUGAAAGUCAUAAAAAAGUGGAGAACGUUUAGAACGGGUCAUUCGAAUGCUGGUGAUUUCGAGUAUUGGUUGAAUGAUGUAGCAGGUACAGGUGUAAACGAACAUUUAGGUUAUACAUCGCUGAAAGGCUGGAGUUUCUGGUGGAAAGAUAGAAAAUUAUACAAUCUGAUCAUGAAUGGUGUCAACACACCAUUCGUGUAUAGGUUAUUUGAUGGAAGACAAGGUGGAAGGAAGAAAUGGAAUGGGGCGAGAAAUGAGAUAUGUAAAGCCAACGGGGUGAUAUUUGAAUCCAGAAACUGA